UGGCUCAAUUCGGGUUUUCCCCCUGGGAGCUUCAUCAAUUUUUGUUGUACAAUUUUUGUUUUUUUUCGGCAAACUUCUGUUCAAAAUUAACAAGUCUAAAAUAAUUAUGAAGAUUUUUUUCUUAAUACAAUUUAUUGUUUUGCUGACUUUCGCGCUAAGCAUUAAAGGGGAUUGUCAAAUUUAUUCGAAUAUGGUUGAGGUCACAAAUCGUAUAUUUACAUAUCGUGAUGAAGCAGGAGCUUAUCAAUUGCUGCGCACGGAAACUGUACCCACCGGAUUGACGCUUCACAUGUUUUGUCAUGGCGGAGAUGUGAUUGAGACUCAAUGUCAGGAUAAUGGUCAAUUUUCAACACGGUUUCCCAUGCGGUGCUCCAAACCAAUGGUGGCAAAUGCGAAACCUGUGGGUGACAAUGAUUGUGCCGGGCAAAUGUAUUCGAUUGGCCAUCAGAUUAAUGGAGCCCACUUGGAACUCUUUCGAUCCUGCUACGAUGCUAGGAACGGACGCGUUUUGUACGCCGAAAGCGAUGUCUAUUACAAGUCCUAUUUUCCGCGGCGUCCAUUUGUGGACGUCACCACCGAUGAGAUUGUGACACCAGCCGAAGGCACAUCUUAUAUAAAGAGAAAUAUUUACAGUGCCUUCUGUUCCAUCCUUGGCGAUAAGCAAGAUUACUGGCCCAGUCCUUAUAAUUUGAUCAUCAAUCGUGGUCAUUUGGUUGCCUCAGCGGAUUUUCUAUUUGUCGAUCAAAUGUCGAGCACCUUUCGCUACAUCAACUUUGUGCCACAAUGUAAAUCCAUCAACGAUGGCAACUGGGAGAAGAUUGAGCGUUGGGUGCGCAGUCAAAUCCCCAGAUCAUCUCCAUUUCAUAUCAAAACUGGUGGCAUCGAUGUGUUAAACUUAGCCGAUGUGAAUGGCUACGAUCGCCCAGUUUAUUUGUAUAACUCAAAGUUGCCAGUUCCACAAUGGAUCUAUAAAGUGGUCAGAGAUGUCGCAAGUGGCAAGAGAAUCUAUGUAUUUCUUUCCUUCAACAGCGUCUUCCAAAAAAAUCCGCCAAGUGUGCCUGCUUUUUGUCAGGCUGUCUCUUGUCCAUUCUACUUAUGGCAAGACUCAAAGAACGGAUAUAUAUUUUGCUGCAAUCCAGAAAAAUUUCCAUAUUAAAUCAAACCAAUCAAUUAAAACGCUUAACGACUUUUUAAUCAUUUACGCAAUGCGCUUUAAAAGCCCUUGGGCACCUCAAGACCUGCAUCAGUCAUAACUAAG